AUGCCCACUCCCGGCUCAGCCGACCGCCAUCCAAUCCCCACAUCCAGCCCAAGCAGCUCAUCGCAUUCGUCCGCCGACACACCCCCGAGACCACUUCCACCUCCAGUCAGCAUGUCGCGCUCCUCCACCAGAAACUCGGCAGUCUCCUACGCGUCCUCCAGUCCCUUCAUCCAGCUUCCCACCCCCGAUCCGCCAAGGCGAUCGAUCAUGCAGAGUCUCUUCAACGGGUGGAGAAACCGCUCGACCCAGCAUUCUCCAGCCGGUCUUUUCCCUCAACAGCAUUCAAAUCGAUCCUCGGUCCACAAAUUUCCGAACGCCCCCAAGCCCUCUGUCGGAAUCACGCAUGGAUGGCGCGCCAUCGUGUUCGAUUCAUGGUUCAACCUUCUUCUGCUCUUCCUGCCAGUAGCGGGCAUCCUCAAGCUUGCCUCACCCGACUCUGGGACGCUCAUUUUCUCAGCAUGCCUACUUGCCAUGAUUCCCUUGGUCAAGCUCCAUGAUCUCGCCACCGGCGUUCUUUCCCGUCGGAUAGGCGGCUCUAAAACUGGUCUACUAAACGCCAGUCUUGUGAGUCCGGUGAUAGCUUUAUGGAAAUGCGAGUUACGAGUCGUGCAGUCCAUGCUGGUCGGAGCAAUGCUCAGCAAGCUCCUGCUCAUUCUCGGAAUGUGCUUCUUCGCCGGAGGGUUGAAGUUCUCGGAGCAAGGCUUCGAUUCCACAACGACCCAGAUCCACUCGUCUCUGUUGAACAUCAGUGUUGGAGCGGUGCUGCUGCCUGCCGCUUUUCACUUCGCCCUCACAUAUGGCAAAUCCGGGGAUGGAGAUAGUAUCACCUUACAGCAGCAGAAGGAUGACAUUUUACGCAUGAGUCAUGGCGUCGCAAUUGUCUUGCUUUUCAUCUACGCCUCGUACUUAGUCUUCCAGCUCUGGUCCCAUAAUCACCUCUACACAGACCGCCACCACCAACCCAGCGACAAAUUGCAGGCGGCCGAAACGGUGCGCACUGCCACGCAGCGCGUCCGCGAGAAGGGCAGUGAUCUCUACGAUCGUGCUGUAUCCCCAUCGCUGGAGCGCCUGCGGAGCAACUCCGGCUCACGCGCAACCUUUCGCCCGCUGACAGGCAAGGGUACCAGUCAGAAGUCUUACCCGCCGUGUCGCUCCCAAUCCAGAAUCGAUACGCUGGUCGAGGAGCCUGAGAUGUCACAGAACUCGGAAACGCCCCGCCCUGGAUCCUCGCCGUACCUGCACUCCAGCGCCGCAGCGACAGGCAGCAACUUCAACAGCCGGACCGCACUCCUCUCCUCUCCGCUCGGAACCACCUCUCAACUCACGCUUGCGAACCCCAUCGCAAAGCCCCAACAAAGCGUCCGGCUUGUCACCGACGCGCAGGCAUUCCGGAUCACGACGAGCAACUUGGACUCGGGCUCGGGCUCUGAACCUAGCAGUCCUGACCGGUACUCCCCCGUCUCGGGCCUGGGGAACGGGUCUAGUUCUGAGUCAGAGGCGGAAAGGCGGAAGCCGGGCAUAGGGAAGCGCCCCAGGAGCAGGUCACGUACGCCCAUCAGCGACGUUUUAUCGGCGUACUACUAUGGCGGAGAACCCGUGGAGAUGCACGAACGAGCCCAAACACACUACCGCGACACCAGGCUCAGCACGCUCUCGGACGCGACAAUCGGGGAACCAUGGCAGAGUUCGCCCAUGUGCUCCAGCCCGCCGGAGCAGGUGGAGCUCAGUUGGACGAUGACCAUCGUCAUGCUAACCAUCGUGACCAUUCUCGUCGCGGUCAACGCGGAGUGGAUGGUAGACGCCAUGGACAAUGUCUCACCCUCGCUCGACAAGGAAUGGAUUGGUCUGGUGCUGCUACCCACCGUCAGCGCCAUCGCGGAGUGUGUAACUGCCGUCAACGUGUCGGUCCGCGACCAGCUCACGCUCAGCAUUAGCGUCGCCGUUGGGUCAACUAUUCAAACGGCUCUGUUCGUGAUUCCAGUCAUGGUGAUCCUCGGGUGGAUUCUCGACAAGCCACUUGCGUUGUUGUUCGAUCCGUUCCAGUCUGUUGUAUUGUACAUCUCAGUGACGACAAUGUCCUCAGUCGUCGCGGACGGCAAGUCAAACUGGCUUGAAGGCGUCAUCCUCAUCUGUCUGUACGUCGUCAUCGCCGUCUCGUUCUGGUUCUACCCCGGCUCGAACUUCUCUACCAACCUCGCUGUCUGCAACAUCUCGCCCCCCAUCGAUCUUUGA